UGUAGACAGGCAGCGUGCAGACCCGGCGAUGACAACAUAGGCCAACGCCUCGCUGCAGCUACAUACAGGGAAUGAAAACGCUCCCAAGAUGGUCCGCAUCGCCAAGGCCCUGGGUUUGGUUAUUCUGUGCGUCGCUGUGCUCAUAUUGUCGCUCAUCAGCUAUGUGUCCCUUAGAAAAGACAGCCUCUUCACCUCUAAAUAUUACAUGGGAGGUCCGAGGAUUAUGUUCCACGCAGGAUUUCGGUCUCAGUUUGCCAUGAAUUUCCUGGACCCAUCCUUCAUCCCCUUAACUAACGCCCUGAAUGAGGAGCUCCAGGGAAAACCGUCCAAAUGGAGGUUCAACAAGACGGCUUUUUAUCAGCAGAGGAAAGAUAUCUUCAGCUACAUCGACAUUCCCACCAACUUCUCCCUCACAAAGAACAGUGUGCAUGUUGGCCAGCUGAUGCACUUUGACUACUCCAGCCACAAGUACGUCUUCUCCAUCAGCAACAACUUGAAAUCACUGCUCCCAGACACCUCUCCCAUCCACAACAAGCAUUACAGCAUGUGUGCCGUGGUGGGCAACAGCGGCAUCCUCACGGGAAGCCAUUGCGGCCCAGAGAUCGACCAGGCCGACUUUGUCUUCCGCUGCAACUUCGCCCCAACGGAGUUCUACUCCAAGGACGUGGGCAAGAAGACCAACCUGACCACCUUCAACCCCAGCAUCCUGGAGAGGUACUACAAUAACCUGCUGACCAUUCAAGACAGGAAUAAUUUCUUCCUCAACCUGAAGAAACUGGAGGGAGCCAUCCUGUGGAUCCCUGCCUUCUUCCUUCAUACCUCAGCGACAGUAACCAGGACCCUGGUGGACUUCUUUGUGGAGCACAAGAAACAACUGAAGAUCGAACUGGCCUGGCCGGGAAACAUCAUGCACGAUGUCAACAAAUACUGGAAGACUAAAAACCUCUCCCCCAAACGUCUCAGCACUGGGAUCCUAAUGUACACGCUGGCCUCCGCCAUGUGCGACGAGAUCCAUCUCUACGGCUUCUGGCCCUUCGGCUGGGACCCCAACUCGGGCAAGGAUCUGCCUUACCACUACUACGACAAGAAAGGGACCAAAUUCACCACCAAGUGGCAGGAGACCCACCAGCUGCCCAGCGAGUUCAAGUUGCUCUACAAGCUGCACAGAGAAGGCGUGAUUAAACUCAGCCUGACCCACUGCUCUUAGACAUACGAUGGAGGGUUUUUAAGAGGUAACUUCAGAGACCCAGAUACAUCUGCACAGCUCAAACGUCUGCUGUGACCCACAAUGCAUGAGAAGUGCUAAGGCAAUUUACGACAAAACACACACUCACAUCCUGCUGUAAUUUUACAUGAAGAUGUCACAGACUUAUCACAGCGUUGUUACUCAUUUAUCCGGUAUAUUGUUGUCUUCAGCACUACACAGUUAGGACGUUUUACGCUGCUCGGUUGCUUCCAUUACUGUCCUGUGCAUGGCUGCCGGCCGUGGCUAAACAGCUCAAACUAUUUUAACUGGAGUUUGCAGGGGGAUUCAAAACAAAUAGUCGAAUCGUCCAGUUGUGUUUAACACCGUAUUGAUUGAAUAAUCGCCUUUUAACAACAGUAUACUGAUUCUGUAGACAGAAAUCACUGCCUAAUCUCAGGGAAGGAGUUAGAUCAGUGUUUAUGUAAUCAAAUUUGAUGCCUCAAGAGAGGAGCAGUUCCUGUUUCAGGCCUUUUUGCCCCCCCCAUGAGGUGUCAGACAAUCGGCACUGCUCUGGAAAAUGGUAUUUGUUUACAAGACUGUACCUGUAGACAGUGUAACUGUCCACUUCAAAUUUUGUUGAGAUUCUU